AUGAAUGACCUGCUGAAGGUGCCCCUGGUGCAUGUCCUCACCCUGGCAGCCCUGAGCUUGGCUGAGACACUUCUGAAAGCUCCCUUGAUCAGCACUCCUCUGGAAACUGUGGAUGCACUGGUAGAAGAUGUUGCCAAGUUUGUCUGUGUAGUGGAGUCGUACCCUGAGCCAGAGAUUACAUGGACGCGCAACAGCAUUCCCAUCAGGCUGUUUGAUACCCGGUACAGCAUACAGAGGAACGGGCAGCUCCUGACCAUUUUGAGCGUGGAGGACAGUGAUGAUGGGGUGUACUGCUGCACAGCGGAUAACGGGGUUGGAGCAGCUGCGCAGAGCUGUGGGGCUCUCCAAGUGAAAAUGCGACCCAAAAUAACCCGACCGCCUAUAAAUGUGGAAAUAAUAGAAGGGUUAAAGGCUGUUCUUCCAUGCACUACAAUGGGGAAUCCAAAACCUUCUGUUUCAUGGAUCAAAGGAGAAACAGUCUUAAAGGAGAAUGCUCGCAUUGCUAUCCUUGAUUCAGGGAAUUUAAGGAUCCACAACGUUCAGAGAGAGGAUGCAGGACAGUAUCGAUGUGUAGCCAAGAACAGCUUGGGCACAGCCUAUUCAAAACCUGCAACGGUGGUAGUGGAAGUUUUUGCCAGAAUCCUGAAUGCUCCCGAAUCCCAAAAUAUCACCUUUGGGUCUGUGGUGACAUUGCGGUGCACAGCGACCGGCCUUCCAGUUCCCACCAUCACCUGGCUGGAAAACGGGAAAGCUGUUUCUGCAGGGUCUAUAGUCGAAAGUGUCAAGGACAGAGUGGUUGACUCCAGACUGCAGGUGUAUGUCACCCGACCUGGCCUAUUCACUUGUCUUGCCAUGAACAAACACAGCAAAACUUUUGGAGCUGCAAAAGCUGCAGCAACCAUCAGCAUUUCAGAGUGGAGCAAGCUGUACAAGGGUGAUGCAGGCUACUGCAGCACGUACAGAGGUGAGGUCUGUAAUGCUAUCUUGGCGAAGAAUGCUCUUGUUUUCUUCAACUCCUCCUAUGCUGACCCAGAGGAGACCCAAGAGCUGCUUGUGCACACUGUCUGGACUGAACUGAAAAUGGUGAGUUCAUUCUGCCAACCGGCUGCUGAGUCUCUGCUGUGUAACUACAUCUUCCAGGAGUGCAAUCCCUCAGGAGCUGGGCCAGCUCCAAAACCAGUGUGCAGAGAGAAUUGCCUUGCUGUAAAGGAUCUCUACUGCUUUAAGGAAUGGCUCUCAAUGGAGGAAAACUCUCAGAAGGGGAUUUACAAGCCAGGACUGAUGCUUCUCAAUCUUCCUGAAUGCAAUAGGCUGCCCAGCCUGCACCAGGACCCCAGCACCUGCACCCGCAUCCCUUUCUUUGAUUUUAAGAAGGAGAAUAUAACCAGAACUUGCUACAGAGGCAAUGGCCAGUUUUACCAGGGCUGGGCCAACGUCACAGCCUCUGGUAUUCCCUGCCAGAAGUGGAGUGAUCAGGCUCCCCACUUGCACAGGAGGACUCCUCAGGUUUUCCCUGAGCUGUCUGAUGCUGAGAAUUACUGCCGCAACCCAGGAGGUGAGAACGAACGUCCCUGGUGCUACACAAGAGACCCAUCUGUGAUCUGGGAAUACUGCAGCGUGUCUCCUUGUGGAGAUGCUUCAUUAUCACUAGGAACAAGAAAACCAAAUGGAAAGACUCCAAAUCUUCCCCCUCUUCCUACCUUUUCCCCUACAUACUCCAUGACUGUUGUCAUCUCAAUCAUCUCCAGCUUUGCCCUGGUUGUGAUUUUCGGCAUUGUCACCCUGGUUUGCUGCCGUCGGAGAAAGCAGUGGAAAACCAAAAAAAGAGAUUCAGAGACACCAACGCUCACCACUCUGCCCUCUGAACUCCUGCUGGACCGGCUGCAUCCCAACCCGAUGUACCAGCGGAUGCCCCUUCUCCUCAAUCCAAAAUUGCUCAGCUUGGAGUAUCCCAGGAACAACAUUGAAUAUGUGAGAGAUAUUGGGGAAGGAGCAUUUGGGAGAGUCUUCCAAGCAAGGGCCCCAGGGCUGCUGCCAUAUGAGCCUUUUACAAUGGUGGCAGUGAAAAUGCUGAAGGAAGAAGCAUCUGCAGACAUGCAGGCUGACUUUCAGAGGGAGGCAGCCCUCAUGGCAGAGUUUGACAAUCCGAAUAUCGUCAAACUUUUAGGUGUGUGUGCUGUUGGGAAACCAAUGUGCCUGCUCUUUGAAUACAUGGCAUAUGGGGAUCUAAAUGAGUACUUGCGUGACCGCUCACCCCGCAACCUCUGCAGCCUGGUGCAUGGUAGCCUGGAUGCACGGAUCAGCCUCUCCAACCCCCUGGCGCUGUGCUGCACCAGCCAGCUCUGCAUUGCCAAGCAGGUGGCUGCAGGCAUGGCGUACCUCUCUGAGCGCAAGUUUGUCCACCGGGAUUUGGCUACCAGGAACUGCCUGGUGGGGGAGAACAUGGUAGUCAAAAUAGCCGACUUUGGUCUCUCAAGGAACAUGUAUUCGGCUGACUAUUACAAAGCAAAUGAGAACGAUGCCAUCCCCAUCCGCUGGAUGCCCCCUGAGUCCAUUUUCUACAACCGCUACACCACAGAGUCUGAUGUAUGGGCCUAUGGGGUGGUGCUGUGGGAGAUCUUCUCCUAUGGCAUGCAGCCCUACUAUGGGAUGGCUCAUGAAGAGGUCAUCUACUACGUGAGGGAUGGGAACGUACUCUCCUGCCCAGACAAUUGUCCUCUGGAGCUCUACAACCUGAUGCGCCUCUGCUGGAGCAAGCUGCCUGCUGACCGGCCAGGCUUUGCCAGCAUCCACCGCAUCUUGGAGCGCAUGUACGAGAGGGCUGUGGCCACCCCGUCAGUCUGAGGGGUGCACCUGGGGACGUCCCUGGGUUCACCCAUCCAGGCUGACUCGGACCAGCCUGUGGGGUCCUGAGCAGCAGCUCUACGCAAAGCCCUGCUUUAGGGGGAGGAGAAACAACUUCUCCUUUGCCAAGCAAGAAGUGUGGACUGCACCCCACUACAGUGGGCUAUACCUCCCUGAGUGGAACUGUACCUCCAAAAUGACAGUGCUGUCCCCUGGCCACCAAACCCGGACAACUGGGUUUGGUGAGGGUGGUGGCUGUGCCAACUCAUUACCUACGUUAGGCAUUUCCAGGAGCAGAGUUCCCCAGGGAAAGCAAACCAACAUUUUGCUGGUGUCACUUCCCUUCCUCACAGGUCCCUCCAUAUCCUUCUGCAUUUAUGGUCCUGGCGUUCACCUUUUCCCUCCCUUCCUUAAAUGUUUUCAAGUAUUAUUUGAAAAAAAACCAAACAAAUGAUUGCAGAAAUCAGUCUUUUUGGGGAUAUUGUUAUUAUUUUAUUUUUCGUACUUACUUCCUUUUGUAGAAAAAGGAUGUUUCUGAAGCCAUAGGGCACUUUCUUUUUCCUUUUAACUUCCAUUUCCUCUUUGACACUCAUGAACAUAACAUUGACAGAGUAAAAAGAGGAGCCUGCAGGACCACUGGCAGCUGCCUGCAUCUCAUGUUACAUGGACAGGCAAACUCCUGUCAAGCAUGGAGCCUUAACGUUUUCAAAAGUGGAAAAUCCACAGCGAGGUUCAUUUAAUGUUUGUUAAGAUCUCAUCCAAAAACUUGCCUCAGUGAAUUGCAGCCCCGAGGCUACAAUUCACUGCCUUCCCCUGCAACAAAGCCAAUUGGAGUUAAGGGAGAAAUUCAGGCCAAAGGCCUGGUCCCGCACCUGGUAGAUCUCUGAGUUGUAUCUGUUUGCCUUUGCCUGCCUGCAGUAUGGUCCUCACUGCAUCCAAAGCAGGAAGAAAUGCAGCCCCUCUUGCAGAAAUGUGGCAGGUUAUGCUACUUACUUCUCUCCUUUUCCUUUCCAGUCUUUGCCUCCUGUUUCUGGUUUUCCUUUCCUGACAGUAGCUCCUAACCCCUGUGAGCUCCUACUACAACGUUUGCUGGCCACCUUUCCUUGUGCUGCAGUUUACAGGUGCAGAAGUAAAGAAGGUGGAAGCCUGCCAUCAGCUGCCUUCAGAAACAACCUGCCAGUUAGGAGAAGGUGGAAAGGGGUGUGUUCACACUCUACACGAGAAAUGUUGUAGACUGUUCAUCUGUGGGGCAAAGAUGAGACUGCCUUCAUUACACAUGGUCCGCAGCCCAUCCCCAAACACCAAAUGUUGUUUCUCUGC